AUGACAGAUCUUGCUUCAACCUAUCUCAUUCUUUGGGCAUCUCAAACAGGUAAUGCUGAAUGGAUUGCCAAAAACAUUCAUACAGAAGCAGGAAAGAAAGGAUAUACUGGUGAAUGCCAUGUUAUGGAUGAUUUUGAAAAUGUACCACUUCAAAAAGCAGGAAUUAUUAUCUUGGUAACUUCAAAUACAGGUGAUGGAGAUGCACCUGAUAAUGCUCUCAAAUUUUGGAGAUUCUUGCGUCGCAAUAAGGAUAAAACUUAUUUUGCUCAUGCUCGUUUCACUGUAUUGGGUUUGGGUGAUAGUAAUUACUCCAAUUUCAACAAUACGGGUAAAAAAAUCGAAAAAAAGUUCAAGGAAUUAGGUGCUACUGUAUUUUAUGAAAAAGGCUUAGCAGAUGACGCUGAAGGAUUAGAAAAUGUAGUUGAUCCUUGGAUUGAAAAACUAUGGGAAGUAUUACCUACAGUAUUAGAACAGAACACAGAGUUAUCCGUUGUUGAUUCUAUUGAAGUUGAAAAAAAAUUAGAAAAACAAAUGACAGAACUUCAAAUUGAUCCUGUCUCUGUUCCUUAUUCUAUGAAAAACCGUAAAAAGACACUUCCAGAUUUGGUUGAAAAAUACAUCAACUUGGAAAAUAGUUUAGUAAAGAAGAUGGAAAAGGAAAUUCCUAUUGAAGAUCAUAAUAAAGAAAAGGUCUUUAAGAAGGCUUUCCCUCUUCAAUUUAGUUUAGUUGGAUUAACUCCCGGUGCAAAGUUAACAGGUCUACCUCGUGUACCAGUUCCUGUAACGAAAUUAACAAAGUUAGAAGGCCAUAAGAAAGAAAGCAAUAAAGUGACUUUGGAUCUCUCGAGUGGGAAAGUGCCCGAUUUUGUAGUUACACCUACUCCUAUUACAUAUGCACCUGUAACGAUGGUAUCUUGUUUAACAUCCUCUGAUGCUAUCAAACGUACCUUGGAAAUUGAAAUAGAUAUAGGUGAAGGAACUGAAUAUGAGCCUGGUGAUGCCUUUGGUAUAGUGGCACCUAAUGAUGAGGCAUUGGUAGAGGCUAUCUUUCGCCGCUUAAAUAUCUCUGAAGAUGAAUAUCUUUAUCAGUUAUACAAGUUAGAAGGUGGAGAUAAUUUACCCAGUCAUUUACAAAAGGCCAAUUCAAGUACACUCUUUGAAUUAUUUUGUUAUGGUCUUGAUCUUACAAGUCAGCCUCGUAAGGCCCUCUUCCGUAUGCUUGCUGAUUAUGCUUCUGAUCCUAAAGAAAAGUUAUCAUUGAUGUACAUUUGUAGUAAACAAGGUGCUGCUGUCUUUAAUGCUAUUCGUGAUGAAUCACCCAACUUACUCGAUAUCCUUGAAACAUUCCCUAGUUGUCAACCCCCUCUUGAACGACUCUUGGAUCUCUUACCUGCUCAUUUACCACGUUUCUAUUCCAUCUCUAGUUCUCCUCUCAAGCGUAACCAUAAAAUUCGUUUUGCAUUCAAUGUGGUUGAAUAUAUAACAGCAGUCGGUAAAGCCGAACGUAAAGGUGUUGCUACAGCCUGGUUGGAUAAAUUAACACGCAAGAUUCCAAGUCGUACAACACCUAAUAACGUAGAAGUCCAGAUAACAGCAGAAGACAAUAUUAAAGUACCCAUCUUUAUUCGACAAAACGUCAAUGCCUUUGUCUUACCCAAAGAAACUGAACGUCCCUUGGUGCUUAUUGGCCCCGGUACAGGCAUUGCCCCCUUUAUUGGCUUCCUAGAGCAUCGUCAAGCCCAACGCCAUAUUCGUUUAUCGAUGGGCAAUGUUGUAGGCGCCAGCUCUUCACAACACAUUCUUGCUGACUUUGGACCCAUCUAUGUUUAUUAUGGUUUCCGUAAUCGACACAAGGACUUUUUGUUUAAAAAGGAACUCGAAGAAUUUGUUCAAGACAAAACGAUUACUCAUUUGGCAUUAGCCGAGAGUCGUCCAGAUGUGGAUGAUGAAGUUAGAAAUAGUCAACUCAAGGUCUAUGUGCAGGAUUUAAUGAAGCGGGAUUCAGAAAGAUUGUAUGACUUGAUUGUCAAUCAAGACGCUGCUAUUUAUGUCUGUGGUGAUGCCAAGGGUAUGGCUAAAGGAGUACAAGACGCAUUAGCAGAGAUGCUUGUUGAACAUCAAAAGAUUGAUUUAGUUGAAGCAAAUAAAAUAUUAGUGAACUGGAUUUCAGAAAAGAAAUAUCUUCGAGAUUUGUGGGCAUAG